AUGGAGUACUUACAAAGAGAAAUGAUGCAGCUUGCAGAGAAUGGUGAUUUCAAUUUUCAUCCUAGAUGCAGGAAGCUGGGCAUAACACACAUUUGUUUUGCUGAUGAUUUAAUCAUGUUUUGUAUAGCGGACAUUGAAUCCAUUAAACUCCUUCAAAGGGAUUUUCAAAGAUUUUCUAUAGCUUCUCGACUACAAGCAAACACUAAUAAAAGCUCUAUUUACCUGGCUGGGGUGGAUGCAUAUAAAAAGCAGGAUAUCUUGAACCUACUGGGGUUUGAAGAGGGUACUCUUCCUUUCAGAUAUCUAGGAGUACCACUGUCUUCUAAAAUAUUAACUGUGCAGCAAUGUCUGCCCCUAAUUGAGAAGAUCACAACAAUAAUUAGUUGUUGGUCUGCAAGGCUACUUUCUUACUCUGGCAUACUACAGCUGAUCAAAUCAGUGUUGUUUGGUAUUCAAACCUACUCGGCACAAAUAUUCCCUCUACCCAAGAAGGUUAUGAAGAUGAUUGAAACAAUAUGUAGAUCAUUCUUAUGGACUGGUGAGGCAUCCAUCACAAAAAAAAAGAAAAAAAAAACUGCUAUCCUGAGAAAAAGUUUGUAUGCCCCAAACUGCAUGGGGCCUGAAUGUCAUAAACCUGUGCACUUGGAACAAAGCUGUUAUGAUCAAGCAAUUAUAGAUUGUUGCAAGAAAAAAGAUUGCUUGUUGAUAAAAUGGGUUCAUAACUACUACAUCAAAAAAUUAGACUUGGAGCAUAUGCCUACACCUAAGGCUGCAACAUGGGUGAUCAGGAAAAUCUUAGAGACUAGAGAGACCCUGCAGAGCCAAUCCUUGCAGGGAUUCUUGAUUGAUCGACUAAAGAAAUUGCAGAUGCUGGCUGCUGUUGCUGUACUCGAUGGUUGCCGGAUUUGA